CAAUUCUCGCGCUGCAGCUCUGCUCCUGUCGCAACGAGAGCCUUCGAGAUCUUCUCCGCCCCCGCGACCGGCGCCUCCUCUGCAGCCGCGGAGCCGGAGCCGGAGCCGGCCUGAGCGGCGGAGGCUUGUCUUCUUCAAGCACCCAAGCAUCCCCGUGGACGGCCGUCCGGCUUCGCCCGCCUCUCCUCCGUGCCCCGUCAGCCCACGAGGCUCGCCCUUUCCACGCGCCAACCCCGCCGGGGUCCGUGUGUAGUGUCGGCGGCCGGCCCUGGGCCCGAGCCCGAGCUGUAGCCGGCGCCAUGUCGGUGGUGGGCAUAGACCUGGGCUUUCAGAGCUGCUAUGUCGCUGUGGCCCGCGCCGGCGGCAUCGAGACAAUCGCUAAUGAGUAUAGCGACCGCUGCACGCCGGCUUGUGUUUCUUUUGGUCCUAAGAAUCGUUCAGUUGGAGCAGCAGCUAAGAGUCAGGUAAUUUCCAAUGCCAAGAACACAGUUCAAGGCUUUAAAAGAUUUCAUGGGCGUGCAUUCUCUGAUCCAUUUGUGGAGGCAGAAAAAUCUAAUCUGGCGUAUGACGUUGUGCAGUUGCCGACUGGAUUAACGGGCAUAAAGGUUACAUAUAUGGAGGAAGAGCGGAAUUUUACCACUGAGCAAGUAACUGCCAUGCUUUUGUCUAAAUUGAAGGAGACAGCAGAAAGUGUUCUUAAGAAGCCUGUGGUAGAUUGUGUUGUUUCGGUUCCUUGUUUCUAUACUGAUGCAGAACGCCGGUCAGUGAUGGAUGCCACACAGAUUGCUGGUCUAAAUUGCCUGCGGUUAAUGAAUGAAACAACUGCAGUUGCCCUUGCAUAUGGAAUCUAUAAACAAGAUCUUCCUGCCUUAGAGGAGAAACCAAGAAAUGUAGUUUUUGUAGACAUGGGACAUUCUGCCUAUCAAGUUUCUGUAUGUGCAUUUAAUAGAGGAAAACUGAAAGUUUUGGCGACAGCUUUUGACACAACACUGGGAGGCAGAAAAUUUGAUGAGGUGUUAGUAAAUCACUUCUGUGAAGAAUUUGGAAAGAAGUACAAGCUAGACAUAAAAUCUAAAGUUCGUGCUUUAUUACGACUGUCUCAAGAGUGUGAGAAACUCAAGAAAUUGAUGAGUGCGAAUGCUUCAGACCUUCCUUUGAGUAUUGAAUGUUUUAUGAAUGAUAUUGAUGUAUCCGGAACUAUGAAUAGAGGCAAAUUUCUGGAGAUGUGUGAUGAUCUCUUAGCAAGAGUGGAGCCUCCACUUCGUAGUGUCUUGGAACAAUCCAAGUUAAGGAAAGAAGAUAUUUAUGCAGUAGAGAUAGUUGGUGGUGCCACACGAAUCCCUGCUGUGAAAGAGAAGAUCAGCAAAUUUUUUGGUAAAGAACUUAGUACAACAUUAAAUGCAGAUGAGGCUGUCACUCGAGGCUGUGCACUGCAGUGUGCAAUCUUAUCACCUGCUUUCAAAGUGAGAGAAUUUUCUAUCACUGAUGUGGUGGCGUAUCCAAUAUCUUUAAGAUGGAAUUCUCCAGCUGAAGAAGGAUCAAGUGACUGUGAAGUCUUCCCCAAAAAUCAUGCUGCUCCUUUCUCCAAAGUCCUCACAUUUUAUAGAAAGGAACCUUUCACUCUUGAGGCCUACUAUAGCUCUCCUCAGGAUUUGCCCUAUCCAGAUCCUGCUAUAGCUCAGUUUUCAGUUCAGAAAGUCACUCCACAGUCUGAUGGCUCCAGUUCAAAAGUGAAAGUCAAGGUUCGGGUAAAUGUCCAUGGCAUUUUCAGUGUGUCCAGUGCAUCCUUAGUAGAAGUGCACAAGUCUGAGGAAAAUGAGGAGCCGAUGGAGACUGACCAGAAUGCAAAGGAAGAAGAGAAGAUGCAAGUGGACCAAGAGGAACCACAUGCUGAAGAGCAGCAGCCGCAGACACCAGCAGAAAAUAAGACAGAGUCUGAGGAAAUGGAGACCUCUCAAGUUGGAUCAAAAGAUAAAAAGAUGGACCAACCACCUCAAGCCAAGAAGGCAAAAGUUAAGACCAGCACUGUGGACCUACCCAUUGAGAGCCAGCUGCUGUGGCAGCUGGACCGAGAGAUGCUCGGGCUGUAUACAGAGAACGAGGGUAAGAUGAUCAUGCAGGAUAAACUGGAGAAGGAACGGAAUGAUGCCAAGAACGCGGUGGAAGAAUAUGUGUAUGAGAUGAGAGACAAACUUAGUGGUGAAUAUGAGAAGUUUGUGAGUGAAGAUGAUCGUAAUAGUUUUACCUUAAAAUUAGAGGAUACUGAAAAUUGGUUGUAUGAAGAUGGAGAAGACCAACCAAAGCAAGUUUAUGUAGAUAAAUUGGCUGAAUUAAAAAAUUUAGGUCAGCCUAUUAAGACACGGUUCCAGGAAUCUGAAGAAAGACCAAAGUUAUUUGAAGAACUAGGGAAGCAAAUUCAACAAUAUAUGAAAGUGAUCAGCUCUUUUAAAAACAAGGAGGACCAGUAUGAGCACCUGGAUGCUGCCGACAUGACAAAGGUAGAGAAAAGUACCAAUGAGGCAAUGGAGUGGAUGAAUAGCAAGCUGAACCUGCAGAACAAGCAGAGCCUGACGGUGGACCCAGUUGUCAAGACAAAGGAGAUUGAAGCUAAAAUCAAGGAGCUGACGAGUAUCUGCAAUCCUAUAAUUUCAAAGCCCAAACCCAAAGUGGAACCCCCAAAGGAGGAGCCAAAACAUGCUGAGCAGAAUGGACCAGUGGACGGCCAAGGAGAUAGCCCAGCCCCCCAGGCUGCCGAGCAGGGUGCAGACACGGCUGUGCCUUCUGAUGCAGACAAGAAGCUUUCUGAGAUGGACAUUGAUUGAUUUCAACACUUGUUUAUAUUAAAACAGACUAUUAUAAA